CGUUGGGAGGCGGGGCAGGGAUCACGGGGCGGGGCUGCCUGCUGCCGGCCCUCCGGCCCCUCGGCGACGGCGCGGCGGAGCGGGCAGCGCUGGAGGAGGAGAUCUACGUAUUAUGAUAUAGUUCUCAAGUCUGGAAUCAUCUUAUGAACCAUAUUUCUUAAUUACAUCAGUGCUUCAAGAUACAGAGAAACGUAUUCAGAAUAACCUUGAGGAUCUUUUGGAGAUACUAAAAUACUGGUAAUCAAGAGCCAUAAUGACUGACAUAAAAGAUGGACCACACUUAGGGGAAGAUCUGUCAGAUGCAAAAUCUUUCCCUGGUUCCAAAGGAAUGAACUUACCUGCUAGCAAGUCUGUGGACUCUGGAAUUCUGCCUGAUGACAGUUACAGAAUGGAUUAUCCAGAGAUGGGAGUAUGUGUUAUAAUAAACAACAAGAACUUCCACCGAGAUACUGGACUGUCAUCUCGUUCAGGCACGGAUGCCGAUGCUGCAAGUGUCCGAGAAGUUUUCAUGAAGCUGGGAUAUAAAGUCAAGCUUAACAAUGAUCUGUCAAGCAGAGAUAUUUUUAAGCUAUUGAAAAAUGUUUCUGAAGAAGAUCACAGCAAACGAAGCAGUUUUGUUUGUGUGUUGCUAAGCCAUGGCGAUGAAGGACUCUUCUAUGGUACAGAUGGCCCUCUUGAACUGAAGGUACUAACGAGCCUUUUCAGAGGUGACAAGUGCAGAAGUCUAGCAGGGAAACCCAAACUCUUUUUCAUUCAGGCCUGUAGAGGGACAGAAUUAGAUUCUGGUAUUGAAGCAGACAGUGGACCAGAUGAAACAGUGUGUCAAAAAAUACCUGUAGAAGCAGACUUCCUGUAUGCAUAUUCUACUGCUCCAGGCUAUUACUCCUGGAGGAACGCAGCUGAAGGCUCCUGGUUUAUUCAGUCUCUGUGUAGAAUGCUGAGGGAACAUGCCAGGAAACUUGAACUCAUGCAGAUUUUAACUCGUGUAAAUCGCAGAGUGGCAGAGUAUGAAUCCUGCUCCACUCGACAGGAUUUCAAUGCAAAGAAACAGAUUCCUUGCAUUGUGUCUAUGCUUACCAAAGAAUUUUACUUUCCUUGCUAAAAAAAAAAAAAUAAUUGCACUUUGCAAUUUUUCACUUCAGGUUUUUAUCUGUAAUUUAUACACUGUCAGUACAGAAUACCACUUUUUAAGUCUGAAUUACUGUUGACUGCCACAUAUGGCACAAUGAACUAUCUGAGAGUUGGUUAUGUCCAUUAUUAGAAGAAACCCAUGGGAUGGCUAAGUUAGAAAUGCAAACCUGGUAGGUGAAACACAGGAAAACUUGAACACAAUAAGAAUUUGGAAAAAUUAUGAGGAGGAGACUGAAGAGAAGUCACAUCACUUACAAGGCCUACUUGGUGCUACAUUUCGCUUUGCAGAAGGAGCAGAGAAAAGAAACAGGUCUUGUAAAUGUUUUGGUUUCGUAUCUGUACCAGUAGGAAGAAGAUUCAGAAUGGGAUCUGUUUGCAAUUAUAGUAAUGUGAUGGUAGUGUCAUUACACAUUUCUUCUUAAAAAAAAAAAAAAAUCAAGUUUUUAAAGCUUAGGUUAUAAG